UCGAUCAACAUUCAAGUUCAAGCUCUUCGCGGGAUCGACGGUCGUGCUGGCAAAAUGCGUCAAUCGUUCGCCUUAACAGUUUUGGCUAUCACCGUAGCCGCCGUGUCAGGUUUUCCAUGGACAGCUGGCGGCAAAGGUGCAGGCCGUACUAAGGGCAACAACGGCGAAACGGCGCAGCAAGACGACAGGUUCCAUCUACAGUCGCCCGACGGACAAUAUGUAUUUGGUCACACCGAGAACAAUCAAGGAAGAGCUGAGAUGAGGUCUGCAGACGGCACAGUGACCGGGUAUUAUAGUUACAUGGGCGCUGAAGGCAAACUGGUGUAUGUCAACUACAUUGCCGACAAUCACGGAUACAGGAUUUUGUCUAGCAGCACUGAACCUUUGGAUUCUAAGACCGCCAAGGUCGCAGACAAGAAUGACUCUAGCAAUGACUACGGCAGUGUGUUUUCAGAAUUCACUCAGCGCAUUAAGGACACGGUAGUGCAGAAAUCGGGACAGCGGUCGAUCGACCUUCCAAAUGGUGGUCAACAACAAGAAACUGUCGAUCCGCUUUACCCGUCAAAUAAGGAUAUUCCGUCUAAACCCGAUGGGCAAACCCCAAAUCAAUUCCCAGACUGGAAUCAAUUGAAGACUUCGACCACUGAAAAACCAUGGGACGGGGAAAAUACCGACCAAGGACAACAUCAACAAGAAGUAAUACUUCCUAAUCGGGCUGACAGAAUUGAACCCAGUAGUGAGCCUAAUGCACGCAUUGCUAACGACAUCAUCGCAACUACCAUUUCUCGCGUGGAACAGGCUCAGACCACGCUUUCGUACAACGAUCUACCUCAAACUACAGUUCCAAACGUAGAACCUGCUCAGACAACCGACGCCAUACUUGAAGAGCUUCAAAGAACUACCGAAAUUAUCGACAGCCGAGUAGAUUUACAGACAACGACCCGAAGCGAUAUCAAGGAAUUUUCGACCGUGACCAUCAGAGAUGAACCGACUACAAUGCGUUCCACCGACGAGCACAGGCCUAGCGUUAAGGACUCCGCUGAAAGGGACAACGAUGCCACGACGGUCAAACCCACGUCUUCGGUUACCGUUCUUGAGGAACACCAAGGACAACAGCAGAUCACGACCGAACCUAGUGUCGAAACCGAUUAUCAAACUACGACGGUGACGGUGUCAUCGAGACGAGAAGAAUCUACUGGAGUGACGACGUUCAAGCCCGAAAGCGACCAAAGCCGUGACAUGGAAACCACAACAGGCAUUCAGCACGUGACCGAAGAAAACGGCCAAGACCGCACCGAGUUCGGGACGCCAGAGCCCAGCGGUAGAAUCGGAACGACCGUUAGCCCCGGUGACUUGGAAGGACAGACGACCGAGGCGCAGGUACAAGAAAUAUCGUGGCCCGAAAUACCUCAACAGCCCAAACCGGUACCGCAAGAUUUGGUACCUAUGGAGUAUUCUGAAGACGAAGGAUCGACCAAGAGUCCGGCUGGCACUAAAACGCCUUAUUCGAGACGGACGAGACAGUUCCAUAAGUUAGAAGAAGAAGUCAAGAAGACGGCAAACGAUUCGGAAAUCAUUGAAACCACUACUUUCGCUCCAGAAACUGCAACUGUAUUUGAUUUCCCGAAAUUCUAUUUAAUUGGCUAAAUACCUGUAGUCGUUUUAAUUGUGAACCGUGUAAUUACUUGCUACUAAAUGUUCGAUAAUGUAAUGUUUUCAUCGCCGCUAUAAUAUUAUUAUAACCAUAUUAUUAAUAGUUAACGAAUAAAAACAAAUGGUUUCAUUUGUCUGGUACAUUAUUAAACAUUGAUCAAUUAUA